ACACUAUCCAGUCGGCAUUAUUGCUAACGAUUCGGUAAUCUGAACUGUCGAUCUGUCUCUGGGAAUUUUUCGAAAUUUGGGGAGGAUUUUAGUGAAAAUAUGCGGUAGUUUGGAUACAUUUCUGGAAGGAUUAUGGCGACAGCGAAUGAAGAUUCAUUGGAGGUUUUGCUAAGCAAAGCAACAAGCCCAUUAACUCGUGAGGAUGACACCGAUUGUAUCACAUUGUUUGCUGAAAAGGUUGAUCGAGAAAUAGAAGGGGCACAGAACAGCACACGAAUGCUGGCACACAAGAUACAAUCUCCACAGGAACAUGAAGCAUUACAAGCACUAGUUGUCCUGGAAUAUUGCAUGAAACAUUGUGAAAAAAGUUUCCAAAACGAAGUCGGGAAAUAUAGAUUUCUAAACGAACUCAUUAAAGUUGUUUCACCAAAGUAUCUUGGAGAGAAGACAACCCAAAAAGUUCGAGACAAAGUUGUCCAACUGAUGUACGUAUGGAGUAUCGGAUUGAAAGAACAAUUAAAGAUCAGAGAUGCUUAUCAGAUGCUCAAGCAACAAGGGAUAGUCAAGCAGGACCCAGAGUACGACGAUAUGAUGCUGAUUCCUACUCCCCCUCCCCGGCCCGAAAAAGAUAAUUUAUUCAGAGAUGAAGAACGACAAAAAAGAUUAGAAAAACUAUUGAAAAGUAAAAAUCCAGAGGAUUUACAGGCAGCAAAUCGUCUAAUUAAAAGCGUAGUUAUGGAGGAUCAAAACAGGAUGGAGAAGAUAGAAAAACGAUGUCGUAUGCUAGAGGAAGUCUCGAACAACGUCAGGCUUUUGAAUGAGAUGCUGGCUCAGUUUGAUUCCGAUUCCACUCCACAUACAGAUAUGGAGACAAUGAAGGAAUUGCAUUCCGGUUGCAUCAAGUUACGACCUGGUUUGUUUCGACUCGCUUCCGACACAAGUGACGAUGAGCAAGCAUUGAUGGAUAUACUCCGAGCGAAUGAUGAUUUGUCGAGAGUUAUUCAAUCGUACGAGAAACUUGUAUUGCCAAGGUUAGCCAUGGACAGGAAGGGUGAUGGGGAAGAAGCUAACAAAGCUAAUGAUCAACAAACAACGACUGAGCCAAAUAAACCCAAGUCAUCUUUGAUUGACCUCGCAGAGCUCGAAAUGCAUUCAACAUCACAAAGUAUCGGUGAUUCAAAUAAUUUAUUUGCCAGCUUUCAGACAUCAGCAUCAGCAAAUGGUGAUCUGUUCCAUAUAGAUUCAGCUCCUACAGUUGUGACUACUUCUGAUGACAUUGCUUCGUUAUUUGCAUCGGUUACUAUGACAUCACAAUCAACAAUGAUGACAUCACAAACACCUAUGGAGACAUCACAACAUCAGUCAUUGUUUACACAACAAUCAUCAUUCCAACCUAAGAAACCAACAAAUACAGUUCCACCUCUGCUUCCCCCUCCCACUGCUAACAAUAAUAAGGGUGCAACGGGUAUGUCAGACAUUGAUAUGAUAAGUCGAAGUUUAUUGGAAAAAACACUGGGGAGAACGCCGGAAGAAAAAUUUGCGCCUCGAACAACUGCGAAACCAACACUGAACCAACUUUCAUCCAAACCAGUCUCAAGUACUGUACAGGAACCGAAGCCAACACCCCAAUCCACAGAUAUUUUAGAUCAACUCCUUAUACCAUCAACAUCUGCUAUUUCAACCGCGACCCCGCCCACUCAACCGGAAAACACAGGCGACCAAUCACUAUUCGCUGAUUUCAUGUCAGUCCCGCCUCCUACAAUGAAUACUCAAACGGUAUUGGCUACUGUUCCUGUCACAUCACCGAUUUCAACCUACCAAACGCAAGACACGCCCCUUCCUAUCUUGCCUCUCACUGAUGUUUUUGUUCCUCUGGAAUCAAUUAAGCCAAGUACACUGCCUCCUCUUACCGUCUACGAUAACAACGGACUCCGAGUUUUGUUUCAUUUCACUCAAGAUUUUGCGACCGCAGAUCGGAAAGACACUCUCGUUACUGUCAUUUCAAUCAUGAGCACGAGGCCGGCAGCGAUACCUAACAUAGUUCUACAAGUUGCUGUUCCAAAAAUCAUGAGGGUGAAGCUACAGACCCCAUCCAGCACCCAACUUGCGGCUUUCAACCCCAUCGUUCCAUCUCCUCCGAUAACCCAGAUCAUGGUGCUAGCUAACCCUAAUAAGAGAGAAGUAAAGAUGAGGUUCAAACUCGACUACAAACUUGAUGAACAAACAUCUGUUUCUGAAACCGGAGAAAUCACAGGAUUUCCAUCGUUUGAGAAAUGGGGAUGCUUGUGAUGCUGUUUAUAUAUUUUUAUUAUCAAAUUAUGCAUAUUUGAGGUACUUCUGCUGACUAUGGUUGAAAGAGCGCUAUGUUUAGCAUAUAUUGAGUAAGAAUGUCCAUAUUUGAUUGUGAAAUUUGUAUAUUUGUGGGCGUGAUAGCCUAUCGCAGGGCUACUCAACUAUUUUCUCCAAAGGUCCGUUUACGAAACUUCAAAAUUACAAGGGUCCUGACAUUACAGAAAAUUUAUUUCAUCA